AGAUACGUGGGGUUUGGGUCGCAAAAGGUGUUCACAAGUAGUGUGGUCCGUUGGGAAUUUCGACAGGGUUCGGGGUGGAGCAAGUGGGAGCACCGAUUGCGGACGCGUGAGGCGUAUGAGGCACACGAGCCCACGAGCCCAUUUACCGGAUCGGCAACCUCCACGGGCGAGACCAAUGACGUGAUUAUGAUAAAGAGGUUCUUCUCACCUGAUACACCGUCUCCAAAAAAGAACAAGAGUCGUCAGCGCUUUGCUCUCAGUGCCAUAAUGAAGGGUGGUGGGCCUGAUCCCGAGCGACGUAGUCGUGGAUGGGCAAAGAUGGGGUCGCAUCAUGCCCUUGAGACCAGAAAGCACGGUUCAAAAGCUUUGAGAGAGGCAGCUACUGAGCGACUCCUAUCGUUUGUCGUGACGACCGUGUACUUGUGGACCUCCAAUGGGGACUUGCAUACAUUGGUCGGCAUGGUCCACAGUCAUACGAUCGAGAGAACAUUUGGAGCGCAAUCGAACAAGUAA